GCAUCCGUUUUCCAUUACCUCAGCUCCUGAAGAUGACUACCUUAGCAUUCACAUCCGGCAGCUAGGUGACUGGACACAGGAACUUAAGAGGGUAUUCUCAGAGGCAUGUGAGACUCCUGUUGCUGGGAAGAGUGGGCUGCUCAGGGCUGAUGAAACAACCAAGAAAAGUUUGCCAAAGCUCUUAAUAGAUGGACCUUAUGGUGCUCCAGCACAAGAUUAUCGGAAAUAUGAUGUACUGCUACUUGUUGGUCUUGGAAUAGGAGCAACACCUUUUAUCAGUAUUCUGAAAGAUUUGCUCAACAACAUUGUCAAAAUGGAGGAACAGGCAGAUGCAAUUUCAGAUAUGAGCAGGCACUCAGAUCAUAGUGUUGGGACUACUGAUUCUCCCUCUCUGAGUAAGGCAUCUCCAAAACGGAGAAAAACUCUGAAGACCACCAAUGCUUACUUCUACUGGGUGACGAGGGAGCAAGGCUCCUUUGAUUGGUUCAAAGGGGUCAUGAACGAAGUUGCCGAACUUGAUCAAAGGGGUGUAAUAGAAAUGCACAACUACUUGACCAGUGUUUAUGAGGAAGGGGAUGCCCGAUCCGCUCUUAUCACCAUGGUCCAAGCACUCAAUCAUGCUAAGAACGGGGUUGAUAUUGUAUCUGGCACAAGGGUGCGAACCCAUUUUGCAAGGCCAAACUGGAAGAAGGUUUUCUCGAAAACGUGUACGAAGCAUGCUAAUGCAAGAAUAGGUGAGUGA